AUGGCCAGGGCGGCUUCGGCGGACCUGGUGGAUAUGGCCCGGGUGGUGGCGGUGGACCUGGUGGAUAUGGCCCGGGUGGUGGCGGUGGACCUGGUGGAUAUGGUCAGUUCGGUAAUGGUGAAUAUGGCCAAGGUGGUGGCGGUGGGCCUGGUGGAUAUGGCCAGGGCGGCUUCGGCGGACCUGGUGGAUAUGGCCCGGGUGGUGGCGGUGGACCUGGUGGAUAUGGUCAGUUCGGUAAUGGUGAAUAUGGCCAAGGUGGUGGCGGUGGGCCUGGUGGAUAUGGUCCAGGUGGUGGCGGUGGUCCUGGAGGCUAUGGCCAGGGUGGUGGACAGGGAGGCUACAUACAACCAGGAUAUGGUGAACCUGGAAGCUAUGGUCCAUACCGCUGGAAAUAUUUUGGCUAAGUGGUUCCCGCGAAUAACGGAAUCAGGAAGAAUAUAUACAGAGGAAGCAGCUGGCGGUGGUCCAGGAGGACCAGGAGGUUAUUCUGGACACUACAGUGGUUUUCAUGGUAUUACUAGCCACCGCAAUACAAUCCCAGGUACUCAAAGCGCUGGCGGCCUCCUAGGAGCUAUAGCGAGACAAAAUGGGGGGUUCAUGGCAGGUUCAUACCAGGGAGCAGCUGGUGGUUUUCCUGGGGCCUAUGCAAGUGCAUCUGAAAGAGCAGGCAGCUACUCUAGAUACUACAUCCCUAGUUUCGGAAACCCAUAUGGAUCUGGCGGCCCUGGUGGAGCUAUUGCUACAUUUAAUAUCGCAGGCUUUGGUGUUCGCUCUACCAUCAGCUACCCUGGAGGCUCUAGACAAAUCGUUGGAGUCACUCAUGGGGCUGGUGGCCCUGGAGGAGCUAUAGCUGUGUAUAAUCCUGGAAGCUACGGUGCUAGCCCUGCUGGUACUAGGAAUGGAGCCGGGGUUUAUUGUUGCGGAGGAGUACCUGGUUUUUGGAGGGCAUGGAACAUGGCCGGAGGAUCUGGAGGUUACCAUGCAGGAUAUAUGGGAGGACCUGGAGGAGCAGGUUAUUAUCCUGGAGCUUAUGCUGGAGGACCUGGAAGUUUUCCUGGAGGCUAUGGCGGAGGACCUGCAGGCGCUGGCGGUUACCCCGGAGCCUAUGCUGGUGGACCGGGAGGUUAUCCUGGAGGCUAUGGCGUCGGACCUGCAAAUGCUGGUGGUUAUCCUGCAGAAGCUAGUGGUUAUCCUGGAGGCUAUGGCAGAGGACAUGCCGGCAUUAGCGGUUAUCCUGGAGCCUACGCCGGUGGUACUGGAGGUUCCAGCAGCUAUCCUGUAUCAUAUGCUGACUUACCUGGUCGCCCUGGGGGUAAUCCAGGCUCAAAUGCCGGUGGACCUGGACCAAUUGGUGGUUACCCUCCUUCAGCUUAUUCCAGUGCACCUGGGGUUGCAGGUGGCUACCCUGGAAUGUAUGCAAAUAUUUAUGGAGGUUAUGUCGGUAGCCCUGCAGGCCCUAGCGGUUACCCUGGAGGCUAUGCUACAGGACCUGGAGUCGCUGGCAGUUAUACUGGAGCCUACGCCGGUGGCGGACAUUCAGUGGUGUAUGGCGCAGGACCUGGAGGCGCCUCUGGCUACCCCGGAGCCUAUGCUGGUGGACCGGGAGGUUAUCCUGGAGGCAAUGGCGUAGGACCUGCAAAUGCUGGUGGUUAUCCUGCAGAAACUAGUGGUUAUCCUGGAGGCUAUGGCAGAGGACAUGCCGGCAUUAGCGGUUAUCCUGGAGCCUACGCCGGUGGUACUGGAGGUUCCAGCAGCUCUCCUGUAUCAUAUGCUGACUUACCUGGUCGCCCUGGGGGUAAUCCAGGCUCAAAUGCCGGUGGACCUGGACCAAUUGGUGGUUACCCUCCUUCAGCUUAUUCCAGUGCACCAGGGGUUGCAGGUGGCUACCCUGGAAUGUAUGCAAAUAUUUAUGGAGGUUAUGUCGGUAGCCCUGCAGGCCCUAGCGGUUACCCCGGAGGCUAUGCUACAGGACCUGGAGUCGCUGGCAGUUAUACUGGAGCCUACGCCGGUGGCGGACAUUCAGUGGUGUAUGGCGCAGGACCUGGAGGCGCCUCUGGCUACCCCGGAACCUAUGCUGGUGGACCUGGAGGCGCCGGCGGUUACCCCGGUGCCUAUGCUGGUGCUCCUGGAGGUGCUGGCCUCUACCCUGGAGCCUAUGCUGGUGGACUUGGAGGAGCUGAUAAUUUUCCUGGAGCCUAUGCCGGUGGACCUGGAGGAGCCACCAGUUACUUAGGUGGAUAUGUAGGUGGAGCUGCUGGUUACCCCGGAGCCUAUGCUGGUGGACCUGGAAGCAAUAGUGGUUAUCCUGGAGCCUAUGCUGGUGGACCUGGAGGAGCUAAUGGUUUUCCUGGCGCUUAUGCCAGUGGACCUGGAGGAGCCAUCGGUUACCUAGGUGGAUAUGUAGGUGGCGCUGCUGGUUACCCCGGAGCCUAUGCUGGUAGACCUGGAAGCGCUAGUGGUUAUCCUGGAGCUUAUGCUGGUGGACCUGGAAGCGCCAGUGGAUUCUAUGCUGGUGGACCUGGAGGUGCCGGUAAUUACCCCGGAGCCUAUGCUGGUGCGUCUGGAGUCUAUGCUGGUGGACCCGGAGGUGCCGGUUAUUACCCCGGAGCCUAUGCUGGUGCGUCUGGAGUCUAUGCUGGUGGACCCGGAGACGUCAGCGGUUACCAUGGAGCCUAUGCUGGUGGACCUGGAAGCACCAGUGGUUAUCCUGGAGCCUAUGCUGGUGGACCUGAAGCAGCUAACGGUUAUCUAGGUGGAUAUGUAGGUGGCGCUGCUGGUUACCCUGGAAGCUAUGCUGGUGGACCUGAAAGCGAUAGUGGUUAUCCAGGAGCCUAUGCUGGUGGACCUGAAAGCGCCGGAUUAUAUCACGGAUUCUAUGCUGGUGGACCCGGAGGUGCCAGUGGUUACCGCGGAGCCUAUGCUGGUGGACCCGGAGGCGCCAGCGGUUACCCCGGAGCCAAUGUUGGUGGACCUGGAAGCGCCGGCGGAUAUCCCGGAUUCUAUGCUGGUGGACCUGGAGGUGCCGGUGGUUACCCCGGAGCCUAUGCUGGUGAACCUGGAAGCGCCGGCGUAUAUCCCGGAUUCUAUGCUGGUGGACCUGGAGGUGCCGUUGGUUACCCCGGAGCCUAUGCUGGUACACCUGGAGUCUAUGCUGGUGAACCCGGAGGCGCCAGAGGCUACCCUGGAGCCUAUGUUGGUGGACCUGGAAGCACUAGUGGUUAUCCUGGAGCCUAUGCUGGUGGACUUGGAGGAGCUAAUGGUUUUCCUGGCGCUUAUGCUGGUGGACCUGGAGGAGCCACCGGUUACCUAGGUGGAUAUGUAGGUGGCGCUGCUGGUUACCCCGGAGCCUAUGCUGGUGGACCUGGUAGCGCUAGUGGUUAUCCUGGAGCCUAUGCUGGUGGAAACGGAGGUGCCAGUAGUUACCCCGGAGCUCAUGUUAGUAGACCUGGAAGCAUUAGUGGUUAUCCUGGAGCCUAUGCUGGUGGACCUGGAGGUGCCAAUGGUUACUCCGGAGCCUAUGAUGGCGCGCCGGAAGUCUAUGCUGGUGGACCCGGAGGCGCCAGCGGUUACCCCGGAAUCUAUGCUGGUGGACCUGGAAGUGCCGGCGGAUAUCCCGGAUUAUCUGCUGGUGGUCCUGGAGGUACCGGUGGUUACCCCGGAACCUAUGCAGGUGCCCCUGAAGGUGUAGGUGGCUCCUCCGGAGCCUAUGCUAAUGGACCUGGAGGUUACGCAACUGGAUAUGUUGGGUAUUAUCCUCGAAUGGUCAAUUAUGAUAGCUCUGGAGGCUUUGCAGGCGGGUCUGGAGGAACGGGUGGUUACCCUGUAGGUUAUAACGGUGGUCCUGGAGCGACCGGAGGUGUCUUAAACCAGAGAUUACUUAUUGUUUGCCAUGGAGGGUAUAGCGGCAGCCCAAGCGGCAUUGGUGGUGCUGUUGAAGGAGCUGGAAACUAUGCUGGUGUUGGCAGAGAAGCAGUUGCAUAUGCACCAGGCUUUCAUCUGGGAGAAGCUGGUGCUUAUUUUGGAGGAUAUGGAGCAAGCGCAGAAGCUGGGCCAGGAGACUACCAAAUUGUGCGUCCUCAAGACCGCCCCCGUGGCCAAUGUCGCCUCUAA